AUGGAUCAAGACAAAGAAAUUGCAAUAAAGAGUAGCGAUGUUCGAAGAAGAGGUGGUACAAAACGUAAUCUAUUAAUAAUUUCUUUAGCUUACACUUGUGCAUUCACUUCAUUCGAUGCUGUAACUAAUUUGCAAUCAAGUCUUAAUUCAUCCGAUGAUGUUGGUCUUCAUUCAUUGGUAGUAUUUUAUGGUGUUUCUAUACUUGCAUGUCUUUUCUUUACUACUCUAAUUAUGCAUAUUUUCGGUUACAAAUGGUCAAUCUUUGGUGGACAAAUUGGUAUGAUAGGAUAUAUUGCAGCUAGUAUGUAUCCUAAACAAUGGUUACUAUUACCUAUGUCCGCUAUAUCUGGAAUUUUGCACGCAUCUAUGUCAACAGCUCAUGAUUGUUAUAUUACGCUGCUAGCUGUUGAUAAAAGUGACAAUGAUGAAGUUGAUGAAAAAGUUACAAAAUAUUAUAGUAUUUUCCUUAUUGCAUAUCAGUCAACGCAGAUUUGGGGUAAUUUAGUAUCGUAUUUCAUUUUACGAAAAACGUCAUCAGCUGUUAAUACUAAUUUAACACUAUGUGGUGCAAAUUUUAUGCCAAAUAAUCAUCAAGUCAUAGACGAAAUUGUUCAUGUGUCGAAUAAAACGAUUUAUAUUCUUUUCGGUGUAUUGAUUGGGAUUAUCUUGGUAUCUAUGAUACUUGUUAUUGCUUUUCUAAGUCAAAGACGAGACAUGGAAAAAGAUCAAUCGAAAAGUUUAUUUCAUAAAUCAUUGAAUUACACAUUAUCAACCGUAAAAGAUAUAAUAACACCAAAUCAUCUUCUUUUGAUACCACUUGGAUUUUGGACUGUUGCUCCAGAAGCAUUUAUUAUCGGUGCUUUUACAAAUGUAUGA